AUGAGUGCGCACGAGAUAAUGAAGAGCGCGGAGGUGCAGGUAUCGGAGAGGAGUCUGUACCAGCUGCCGGAGCGCAAGCCCACACCCUUUGGCGUGCUGGACCCCCGCUUGGGGACGACGAGCAAGAAGGGCGAGUGCACCACGUGCAACGGCACGCUGCAGGACUGUGCGGGGCACUUUGGGUACAUCCGCCUUGAGCUGCCGGUGUACCACAUGGGGUACUUCAAAGUCAUCCUGCUCAUCAUGCAAUGCAUCUGCAAGAACUGUGGCCGCAUUCUUCUGAGCGAUGAGGAGCGGCGGCAGUGGCUGAAGAAGUUCCGGCACCCGCGGGUGGAGGUGCUGCAGAAGAAGGCCAUGGUGAAGCGCGUUUCAGAGCGGUGCAAGCGCACCAGGAUGUGCCACUACUGCGGGGACCACAAUGGCACAGUGAAGAAACUGACUGGGACCUUAAAGCUAUCCCAUGACAAGUAUGGGAAAGACAUGGACGCCAAGGACGACGUGGUGCGGCGCAUGGAGGCAGCGGUGGAGGCGAACAAGGAGAUAGCCCAGCACUCGACCAAGGUGGCGGACGACCUCAACCCCGUGAGGGUGCUGUGGCUGCUGGAGAGAAUGCUGGAUGAGGCCUGCGAGCUCUUGGAUUCCUACUAUCGCGCCGAGCGCCUCAUAGUAACGCACCUCUCCGUGCCGCCAGUGGCCAUCCAACCGUCCGUGCUGAUGGAGUCAGUCGUGCAAUUUUCCCCUGCCUGCUCUGCUCUACUCCCCUUCCCCUCACUUCUCCUCUUUUCCCCCUCCUCCCUCCUCCUCCCUCCCCUCUCCGCCUCCUCUCCCACCCAGUACUGCGAGCUCUUGGACCUCUACUAUCGCGCCGAGCGCCUCAUAGACUGUGAGCUUCUAGACCUCUACUACCGCCCGGAGCGCCUCAUUGUGACGCACCUCUCUGUCCCUCCGGUGGCCAUCCGGCCGUCUGUGGUGAUGGAGUCGGCAGCGGGGAGCAACGAGGACGAUGCGACGAUGAAGCUGGCGGUGAUCAUCGAGGUCAACAGCGCGCUCAGAUUGGGCAUUCAGAAGGGCCUGCCCAUGCCCAACCUCGUGGAGAACUGGGAUUUCUUGCAGCUCCAAGUGGGUCUCUACAUCAACUCGGAGCUCCCCGGCCUGCCGCUAGCAGCGCAGCCCACGAAGCCGACUCGCGGGUUUGUGCAGCGGCUGAAGGGCAAGCAGGGGCGGUUCCGACAGAACCUGUCAGGCAAGCGAGUGGACUUCAGUGGCCGCACUGUCAUUUCCCCCGACCCUAACCUCAAGAUCUCCGAGGUGGCAGUGCCCAUGCACAUGGCGCAGCUGCUGACGUUCCCCGAGGCGGUGAGUCGCCACAACAUCCACAAGCUGAGGCAGCUGGUCAUCAACGGCACUGCCAAGUACCCUGGCGCUAACUUCGUGCUCUACCCCAACGGCAACAAGUGGUUUCUCAAGUAUGGAGAUAGGAGGCGAGUGGCAGCAGAGCUCAAGUACGGCGACAUAGUGGAGAGGCACCUGGAGGACGGCGAUAUGGUGCUGUUCAACAGGCAGCCCAGCCUGCACCGCAUGUCCAUCAUGUGCCACCGGGCGAGGGUGAUGCCAUGGAAGACACUACGCUUCAACGAGAGUGUGUGCAAUCCGUACAAUGCGGAUUUCGAUGGGGAUGAGAUGAACAUGCAUGUGCCGCAGACCGAGGAGGCUCGCACCGAGGCUCUGCUGCUCAUGGGGGUGGAGAACAACCUGUGCACGCCCAAGAACGGGGAGAUCCUCGUGGCCUCCACGCAGGACUUCCUCACAUCCGCCUUCCUCAUCACCCGCCGGGACACCUUUUACGACCGCGCAUCCUUCUGCCUGCUGUGUUCCUACAUGACGGACGGGGCCAUGCAAGUGGACAUCCCCACGCCCGCGCUGCUCAAGCCAGUGGAGCUGUGGACGGGCAAGCAGCUCAUAGGCGUGCUCGUGCGCCCCUCCGCACACGACCGCGUGUUUGUCACGCUCGGCGUGCCCGAGAAGACCUACACGAAGAAGGGCGGGCCCUUCUGUGUGAACGAUGGGUUCGUGUUUUUUCGGAACAGCGAGUUGCUGUCGGGGCAGCUGGGGAAGGCCACUCUAGGCAACGGCAGCAAGCAGGGGCUGUUUGCGCUGCUCAUGCGCGAGUACUCGGCUCAAGUGGCAGCUGUGUGCAUGAACCGACUGGCCAAGCUCAGUGCACGGUGGAUCGGCAACCACGGGUUCUCCAUUGGAAUCGACGACGUGCAGCCGUCAAAGCAUCUGUACAACGAGAAGCAGCGGGCAGUGGAGGAGGGGUACGACGCCAGCCUGCGGCACAUCCAGGCGUUCAACGAGGGCCGGCUGACGCUGCAGCCCGGGUGCAAUGCUGCUCAGACCCUGGAGGCGAAUAUCACCGGGGAGCUCAACAAGAUUCGAGAGGAGGCCGGGAAGGUGUGUUUGAGGGAGCUGCAUUGGCGCAACAGUCCGCUCAUCAUGUCGCAGUGUGGGUCCAAGGGGUCGCCCAUCAACAUAUCGCAGAUGGUCGCCUGUGUCGGCCAGCAGUCUGUCGGCGGCAAGCGAGCGCCCAAUGGGUUUCUGCACCGCUCCCUGCCGCACUUCCCCCGCCACGACCGCUCGCCACAGGCGAAGGGAUUCGUGGCAAACUCGUUCUACAGCGGGCUUACACCCACAGAGUUCGUGUUUCACACCAUGGGUGGCCGGGAGGGGCUCGUUGACACUGCUGUGAAAACAGCAGAGACGGGGUACAUGUCGCGGCGGCUGAUGAAAGCCCUGGAGGAUCUAUCAGUGGCGUAUGACGGCACGGUGCGGAACGCCAGUGGCGGCAUCGUGCAGAUGCGGUAUGGCGACGAUGGCAUGGACCCUGCUCACAUGGAGGGGAGCGAUGGGGGGGCGCUGAACCUCGAUCGCACCUUCACCACGUGCCAGGCCCUACGCCCCAUGCGCAGCGACCCCCCGCUCUUCCCCGACGAGAUGCGCGCGCACAUGCAGACAAGAUUCGCCGCCCCGGAGUUCGCCGACCCGGAGUCGGAGGGCGGCUGCUCCACUCGGUUCCGCGACUCGGUGGUGGGCUUUCUGGACAAGCAGCUGGGGGCGAUCGAGACGACACGGCAAAGACUAGGGUUACCGGUUACCAAGGAAGAGACAGAGAGAGGGGUAGAGGAUGGUAUGGAGGUGGAUGGGAAGGCUGGGAAAGAGAGUGUUGAGAAAGAAGGAAAUGGGGAGGGGAAGGGGGACAGAAAAGUGGAGGGGGGAGGGAAAGGGGAGGGGCAGGAGGAGGCGGAAGGGGAAGGGGAGGGGAAGAAGGAGAAGGUGUUGGAGCGAGGGGUGGCUGAGAAGGUGGCUCGGAACCUGUGUGGGGUGACAGCCAAGCAACUGCAGUUAUUCCUGGACACGUGCAUUCGCCGCUACCAAUCGAAGCGAAUGGAACCAGGCACAGCAGUGGGGGCCAUCGGGGCACAGUCGAUCGGCGAGCCGGGCACGCAGAUGACUCUCAAGACCUUCCAUUUUGCUGGCGUUGCUUCUAUGAAUGUGACCUUGGGAGUGCCGCGCAUCAAGGAGAUCAUCAACGCAGCUAAGAACAUCAGCACGCCCAUCGUGACCGUCAAGCUGGAGACGGACAAUGAUGUGAAGGCAGCACGCAUUGUCAAGGGACGCAUUGAGAAGACCACCCUGGGGGAGGUGGUGAAGAGCAUGAAAACGGUGCUCACUCCAAGCCAAGCCAUGCUCUCCAUACGCCUCGACAUCCAUCGAAUCAGCGCGCUCCAGCUGGACAUCACAGCCUACACAGUCGCAGAUGCCAUCACCUCAGCCUCACGGCUGCGCAUGAAGCUGAAGGCGCAGCACAUCCGCGUGGUGAGCGCGGACAAGCUGCUCGUGUACUCGCCCGAGCAGGACCGCCGCCAGCUGCUCUUCUCGCUGCACAGCCUGAGGAAGAAGCUGCCUCAAGUCAUGGUGAAAGGGAUUGCAAGCGUUGAACGGGCGGUUAUUAAUGACCUUGGCGGAGGCAAAUACAACCUGCUUGUGGAAGGGGCCAACUUUGGCGCGGUGCUGGGAGUCACAGGUGUGGAUGGGUGCAGAACCAAGAGCAACCAUGUGAUGGAGACCAACUUCGGCGCGGUGCUGGGAGUCACAGGUGUGGAUGGGUGCAGAACCAAGAGCAACCAUGUGAUGGAGGUGGAGAGUGUGUUGGGGAUAGAGGCGGCGAGGCAUGCCAUCAUGCACGAGAUCAACUACACCAUGGGGUCGCAUGGCAUGACCAUCGACCCCCGCCACAUGAUGCUGCUCGCUGACGUCAUGACCUACAAGGGCGAGGUGUUGGGAAUCACGCGGUUUGGAAUAGCGAAGAUGAAGGACAGUGUGCUCAUGCUGGCGUCCUUUGAAAAGACCACCGACCACCUCUUUGACGCCGCCGUGCACGGGCGCAAGGACGAGAUCGAAGGGGUGUCGGAGUGCAUCAUCAUGGGUAUUCCCAUGCCUGUGGGCACGGGGUUGUUCAAACUCAAGCAGAAAGUUGACCACAUCCCAGUCCUUCCCAAGCGGCCGCCACUACUUCUGGGCUAG